AAGGCCAAGCCAACUAAACUGACAUAUUCAAUCAAUGGCUCUCACUCCAACUACUGUUGCGAUUACGAGUGGGAUAGAUACUCAUCACCUCUUUCCCAAAAUCCUCUCCAAUUUCUAUUCUCCAUCCAUUUCUUUCUUAAAAUCCAAGCCAAAUUUCCUCUCCUCAAUCCCACUGAAACUUAACAACAACAAAUUCUCAAAUAACAACGAAGUUCUAAUUGCAGAAUCUUUCAAGUGGAGAACCCAAGUUUCUUUCUUCUCUGGUUUUCUCACAAAACCAAAAAACGACAUUCAGAGCCUCAAACAGGAGCUGUACGACACCAUAGCUCCUCCACUUGAUAGAGGCGCCGGUGCUACUCCCGAGGACCAAGACCGCGUAGAACAGAUUGCACGCAAGCUUGAGAAGUUGAAUAAAAUAAAGAAUCCUCUCAAGUCCAAUCUGCUGAAUGGAAAAUGGGAACUUCUAUAUACGACAUCCAAAUCACUUCUGCAAACACAAAGGCCAAAGUUCCUAAGACCGAAUGGAAAAAUCUACCAGGCGAUUAACGUGGAUACGUUAAGGGCUCAAAAUAUGGAAACAUGGCCAUUCUUCAAUCAGGCAACAGCUAAUCUGGUACCUUUAAACUCAAGAAGGGUGGCCGUUAAAUUUGAUUCUUUCAAAAUUGCUAGCCUGAUUCCUAUUAAAUCUCGUGGAAGUGGCCGUGGUCAAUUGGAAAUUACGUACUUGGAUGAAGAAUUACGAAUAUCAAGAGGUGAUAGAGGGAACCUUUUCAUUUUGAAAAUGGUCGAUUCAUUCUAUAGGGUUCCUCUUUGAUAAUGCCUUUGUAAAGUUUGGGGGUUUCACGAAAAUCUCAGAUUUUUCUAUUUUUAGCAGAGUCAUAACUAAGUUGUAAAUUGCGCGUUCAGUUUUCGGAUUUUCUUUUUUUCCCAAAUAUGUUGCUAUUUGUA